UCAAUGUGCGCACACUUAUGAACCAAAACCCCAUUAAACUCUAUAUUCUCCACAAUUAAUACUGCCUCUUUUGCUCAGUGAAAGAGCCCCAUCAGUAUGGCUCUUCCUCUUCACAAACAAGCCUCCUCCAUAGUUUACUACAUUGCUUUGCUUGCAUUAAUCUCACUGUUCAAUUCUUGUUCUUGUUCUGAGUACAAAAGAUUAAACUACUCCGAUGCUCCCUCGAGCUGGGGUCCGGCGAGCGUGACCUGGUACGGUGCACCCACCGGUGCCGGACCCGACGAUAAUGGUGGUGGAUGUGGCUUCAAAAAUGUGAACCUACCCCCCUUUUCAUCAAUGACAGCAUGUGGGAAUCCUACUAUAUUCAAAUCCGGAAAAGGAUGCGGAGCUUGCUAUCAGGUGAAAUGCACGAGCCAUCCCGCCUGCUCCGGCAAACCCUCGACCAUCACCAUCACCGACGCAUGCCUCGACGGAGUCUGCCUCGACGCACCCGUCCAUUUCGACAUGAGCGGGACGUCGUUCGGGUCCAUGGCGCAGCCCGGCCGUGAGGACGAGCUUCGCCACGCAGGAAAGCUCCAAAUACAAUACACUCGAGUGCCCUGCAACUACCCGGGACUCAACAUAGCCUUCCACGUCGAGGAAGGCUCGAACCCGGUCUACUUUGCGAUCCUGAUCGAGUACGAGGACGGGGACGGAGACCUGGCAUCGGUUGACCUCAUGGAGGGCGCCGGCCCUACCGCAGGCACGUGGACUCCGAUGCGCGAGUCGUGGGGCGCGAUAUGGCGGUUGGAUUCGGACCACGCGUUGCAGGGCCCGUUCUCGAUCCGGCUCUCCACUCUCACUUCCGGGAAGACCCUCGUCGCCUCGAACGUCAUUCCGGCCGACUGGCAACCCCUCUCGACAUACCGGUCCAUCGUGAACUACAGCAACUAGUUCCAGUAAUUGUCCCAAAAAUGAAUCGAGCUACAUAACUAAGAAUUAAUGUACCAAGCACUCUUAUGGCUUAUAUUAAUACACUAGUUAUUGUGUGGUGGCGCAAGUGUUAUCUCCAACAAAGGAAUAAAAGAUUGUAGAAAUUAAGAAGAGGAGGCGCUUGCGUGCCCUCCCCUCCACGUCGCUAUCAUCAACAUGUGCUUAACCUUUUUUUUUUUUUCUCCCCUUUAUAUAUACUUUUUUUUAAUA